AGAAUUUAAAUGUCUUCAGAAGACAAAGAAGCUCAGGAGGAUGAGCUGCUGGCCUUGGCUAGCAUUUAUGAUGAAGAUGAGUUUAAGAGAGACGAGUCUGCCCAAGGAGGAGAAACAAGAAUUUGUCUGGAGUUGCCCCAAAACUUCAAAAUUUUUGUGAGUGGCAAUGCCACAGAAAGCCUCCCAAACGGUGGGUUUGAGUACACCGUUUGCUUUCUGCCUCCCCUUGUGCUCAAUUUCGAACUCCCACCAGACUACCCGUCAGCCUCCCCGCCGGUGUUCACGCUCAGUGGAAAAUGGCUCUCCCCAGCCCAGCUCAGUGCUCUUUGCAAACACUUAGACAACGUAUGGGAGGAGAAUCGAGGCUGUGUGGUCCUGUUUGCCUGGAUGCAGUUUCUGAAGGAGGAAACGCUGAGUUACCUGAACAUUUCCUCCCCAUACGAGCUGAAAAUGUGCCACCCAGGAAGCGGGCAGAGCAGGACACCUUUGGUCCCUCUUGACGCCGAGGAGGAUUGUGGUGGUGCCGCAGGCUCCGCCGCGGCUGCAGAAGAAAUCAUCGAUGCAAGAGCUGUGCAGGAUGUGGAGUCCUUGUCGAGUCUGAUUAGGGAAAUCUUGGACUUUGAUCAGGCUCAGAGGAGGAAGUGCUUUGACAGUAAGAUGCACUUGUGCAAUAUCUGCUUCUGUGAGAAGCUGGGCAGUGAAUGCAUGUACUUCACCGAGUGCAGCCAUGUGUACUGCAAAGCAUGCCUGAAGGACUACUUUGAAAUACAGAUCAGGGAUGGCCAGGUCCACUGUCUCAACUGUCCAGAACCGCAGUGUUCUUCCGUUGCGACUCCUGGCCAGGUCAAAGAGUUGGUUGGCGAGCAGCUGUUUGCACGUUACGACCGCCUGCUGCUGCAGUCUACCUUGGACCUGAUGGCAGACGUGGUGUAUUGCCCUCGCCCGGGCUGCCAGACACCAGUCAUGCAGGAACCGGGCUGCACCAUGGGCAUAUGUUCCUGUUGCAACUAUGCUUUUUGUACUCUCUGUAAAAUGACCUACCACGGGGUGUCUCCGUGCAAAAUCACCGCAGAGAAAUUAAUGGAUUUGCGAAAUGAAUAUUUAGAAGCAGACGAGGCAACGAAAAGAUUUUUGGAACAACGCUAUGGCAAACGAGUGAUUCAGAAAGCCGUUGAGGAGAUGGAGAGUAAAGAAUGGCUGGAAAAGAACUCCAAGUCUUGUCCUUGCUGUGGCACUUACAUAGAGAAACUGGAUGGUUGUAACAAAAUGAUGUGUACUGGCUGCAUGCAGUAUUUCUGCUGGCUUUGUAUGGGUUCUCUGUCAAGGGUGAACCCAUAUGGGCACUUCAAUGAUCCAUCUUCCCCGUGCUACAACAGAUUGUUUCAAGCCAUGCGUAUUGAUGGUGAGUUCCAGGAAGAUGAAGACUAG